AUGGAUACCGGCUGCUUUAAAGGAACAAUUCUUAAAACUCUUUUUAUUCCAAAAUAUGUUUCGGUGAUGAAUGCAAACCUAGAAUCCCCAGAACCACUUAAGACAAUUGAAUGCGAUGAAGAAAGUGAAUUUUUUACAUCAGUUAACGGCAUUUUAUAUACGAAAGAUAAAAAAUCUUUAGUUUUCUUUCCAAUAAAUUACUCCAAAUCAUUUACAACUCCAAACUUUAUAGAAAAUAUAGGAUAUUAUUCAUUUGGAUUAUCUUUUAUCGAAUCCAUUACAUUCACACCAAACGUGAAAACAAUCGAAACAUACGCAUUUAUUGGCACCCAAUUAAAGUCAUUAAAUCUUCCAUCUUCCAUUAAUUUAAAUGGCUUUGGACAAUUUCAAAGCUGCAAAAGCUUAAAUGAAAUUACUAUAGAGAAUGGAGUCACUAGUAUUAGCUCAUUAUGUUUUAUGGAAGCAAAUAUAUCUAGUAUUGUAUUUCCGAAUACAUUGAGAAGUAUUGGCCUUAAAGCUUUUGCAUAUUGUUAUAAUUUGAUUGAUGUAACAAUCCCAAGAUCAGUAACAAGUCUCGGGGGCGGAUGUUUCUCUUCGCAUACAAAUAUUACCUUUGAAGAAGGAUCUCCAUUCAUCCGAGAUGAUCAAAAUCUCAUAUUUAAUUCAAGAACAGUUCUGUCAUUAUGUUUGAGUGAAAAAGAAUCAUACACAAUUCCAGAAGAUGUUGUAUUGAUUCAUGACAAUGUAUUUAGUGACAAUAAUAAUCUAAAAACUAUUAUUUUUGAUGGCUAA